AUGCCCAAAAUUCUGGACAGUGACAUCGACUCACCAAUUGCGAAUCUGAUCAAGCGCAGCGGCACGGCGACCACCACGACCAACAACAGCAGCAGCAGCUCGAGCAAGCAGAGCGCCCACUAUUCGAACGACACCACCAGCGAAAAGUCGGACGGGCCGUUCGAAGGGCUCGUUGGCCGCCAUCACAUCGUUAGCGGCGGUGGCGGCAACUCGAACUCGUCCUCGUCCUUCUUUUCGUCCGCGUACGACGCGAAGGAUGGUUCGAACGAGGGCGGCAGCAGCUUCGGCAGUGGCGGCGCGGCAAUGGCCGUAGCGAGCGGGUUGGGGGUGGUGGGACCGGCGCUGACGCAACCGCAACCGCCACCGCCCCCACCGCAGCAGGGCCAGAGUGCGUUCUUUCAAUCAACCGUCGGCCACCACCAGCAGCAGCAGCACCACCGGGGACACCGGUCGGAUGGGGCGGACGGUGGCAAGGGUACCGGCAACGCCCCUGCCACCGCCCCGGAGGCACGAGUCAAGAAGUAUCGCCAUCAGCAGUUCAGCAAGAACAUCUACAUCGGCACGAAGAACGCGGAGAAGUGGGACACACUGCGGAACGUGCUGCUGUUCAAGAACGAUGUGGAGUUCGUUUCGUUCCUGCUGAAGCUGGCUGAGAGCAACUGCUGGAAGAAGGACCCCCCACUGCUCAAUGGAUUCCACGGCGAAACGUUACCGGCGAAGGCGCAGGGAGCUGCCAGCAAGGGCGUCCGGACGAAAUCAGGUGCCCGCGGCAAGCAACCACUUCCCGAGCCGCUGCGCGAGGAGCAGCAACAGCUGGAACAGCAGCCGCAGCUGCACUCAUCAUCAAUCAGCUUCGGCGGCACAAAAGCGCCCGGCAGCAUGGGGAAGAAAACCAAGAAAGUACAAUUUAACAAGAAUGUAAAUAUAAUCCAUAAGCUCGAUAAUCGCCGAAGCGGUAAGAUGGUAUCCUUCAGCGAAAAAGCAUUGUCGGACGAGCCUUCGGAUCUGCCGCACCACGACGAAGAUUCUACGGCCGUACCUGAGGAGGAUGACGGUGGCGGUGGUGGUGGUGGUGGCGAGGAAGACGACGACGAGGAGGAGGAGGAAGACAUGGAGGAGGAGGAUGAGGAUGAGGAGGAGGAGGAAGAGGAGGAGGAAGAGGAGGAGGGAGAUGAUAAGGAGGCGAUGGCCGGCAAGGGGGACGAGGAGGCGCCCGACGGCGAUCCGGUGCGCAAGGGCGACGGCUUUCUCGGCGACGCAAAAGAGCAGGAGUCGAACGUUGCCAGUCACGAUGCGUACCUGCUGGACGAUCUGGUGAAGAAGACGAUGCGCAAAACGCACCCGCCGCCGGCGAAUCAACCCCAGCAGAGCAACGAGGUGCAGCAGGACUCGAUCAGCAGCACGAUGGGAUCGGUUUCAGAGGAUUCGCUCAACACGGAGACGGAGGUGCUGGACUAUCGCAUCGCCGAGAAGAUCAAGACCGAGCUGGAGGAGAAGCAGAAGCUGGAGCGCAAGUCGCACACCGCGGAGGAGCUUCCGACGACGUCGAACUUUUUCGACCAGUGCGAGUUCGAGUCGGCGCCGGUCGACGAGAAGCCGACCGUGCCGGCGCACGUGAAGAAGGGACCGGUUUUGGACCGGUCGCGAACGGGCCCGGCACUGGAAGGGGCGGCGUACGGUGGUGGACCGCGGAAGCGGGGCCGCCGGGCCAAUGCGGCAGACUCGGGCAACGUGGAUCUGCACAUCGAGUACGAGGAGCAGGAGUACCGGCCGCUACCGGGUACGCGAGGCACCGACGCCGGACCGCACGAGAAGGCCAGCUUCGCCAGCCAAGCGAAGCAGCUGCAGCUCCAGCAUGCCCCAGCCGGGCAGCGGAAGGCGAAGGGUGCGGGCACCACCAAGAACAAGGUGUGCACCGGGUGUAGCAUCAAGCACGGCGCUGACCUCUGCCCGCUCAACACACCGCUGCGGGCGAUCAGCAACAAAAUCGAGCUUAACCAGUGGCUGGAGCAGAACGAGGACUUGAUAAAGAAGCACAAGCUGUUCCUCAAGCCGCCCGGCAGCGGGGAGGACCUGGACGACGAUAUGGACGACCAGUACGAGGACGAGGACGAGGACGAGGACGACGAUGUGGACGACGAAGAUGACGACGGUGGGGAGGGCAGUCGGGCGAACGGGAAGCUGGAGCUGAAUCCCUCCUUCUCCGAGGUGUCCGUGCCGCCGGAGUUCGAGCUGCGGCUGUGUCCACAGUCGGGCGCGAGCAACGCCAUCAGCAGCACAACGCAGCACGAAGCGGUGCAGCAGCAGGAGCAACACAACACCGCCAAGCAGCACCAGCUGCAGGAUCUGCAACCGCCCGCCCCAGAGCACCAGGACCAGGACUCGAUGAUGGAGUCGAAGGGUUCCUUACCGCCGCCCCCGCCACCAUCCUCCUCCUCGUCGUCCAGCUUUGCCGGCACGAUGGGGGCGGACAGGGGCGAGUCGGCGCCGAAAAGCCGCACCGCCGGCGGUCAUGGGUUGAGCAUCUACACGACCACGUUCGUUGCGAAGUAUACGAAGAUCGGCCCACUGACGGGGCAGAUAGUGCGCGAGACGGAAAUCCAGGACGACUGCACGAUGCGCCACAUGUUCGAGACGUUCGACGGUGCGAAGUCGACGUACACGAGCACGGAGAACAAGCACUUCUCCAACUGGUUGCGCUACAUCCGGCCGGCGCGGAACAGGGAGCAGAAGAACUGCGUGCUGCAGGUGCAUGACGGCGGCAUCCACUUCGUGACGAGCCGGGACCUGGAACCGGGCACGGAGCUGCUGUACUGGAGCAACGACAGCAACUCCGCCUGGGGCAAGAAGAAGAUGGAAAAGACGAACUGUGGCGGCUGCAACCUCAAGUUCGACCAUCCGUUCUACUACCGGACGCACUGCUCGGUGUUUCACGAUCCCGGGUUUAGCCUCACGAUCCGCAAGUACCACUGCAAGGUGUGCGGUGCGGCCGUGCUCGGCAAGGAGAACAUCAUGAAGCACGCCGAAAAGCUGCACGACGGCAAGGGUGCAUAUCAGUGUCAAUUCUGUCAAAAGUUCUUCCUGCGGCUCAACUACCUGGAGAUGCACCGGACGUACGGCUGCAGUGCCAACCCGCAGCGCACGCGGCCGCUGUGCGACUUCUGCGGCCGGAAGUUCUGCCAGCCGCAGAAGCUGAAGGUUCACAUCAAGCGGAUGCACAGCGAUAUGGCGGACGUGCUGCGGGACUUCCAGUGCAAGCUCUGCUCGAAGCUGCUCGGGUCGCGGGCCGCCUUGCAGCGACACUCGAAGGAGGUGCACAGCCGCAACUCGGCCGUGGUGAGCUGCCCGCGCUGCCAGAAGCUGUUCCAGAACCGCUCGAACCUGAAGAUCCACAUGCUCACGCACUCCGGCGUGCGGCCUUUCAAGUGCGCGGAGAACGAGUGUACGGCUGCCUUUACCACCAAACAGUGUCUGCAGUUUCACUACAAGAAGGUGCACGGGUACACGCAGGAGCAGAUGCCGAAGAUCGAGCGCAGCGUGGCGUACACGUUCGACGCCUACUCCGGCGGCUUGAAUGACGGUAUCAUCGAUGAGGUGCAGCGUCGUCAGCGACACAAGUCGUCCGCUUCGGAGGAGGGCGGAUACCCGACGGAGAAGGUGGAAAGGAAGAAGCGCUCCCGGCAUCUCAACCACUUCGACGAGACGUCCCUGCAGCAGCAGCAGCACCAGUCGCAGCUGCAGCAACCAGCGGAGCUCGCGCCGCGUCUCCCGCAGGACUCGGGCGACCCGACCAAGGUUGCGCCGCAGCAACACCUGCCCCAACAAUCACCCCAACAGCUGGACUACCCCAACACACCGCCCGCGCCCCCGCGCCUCUCAACGCAUCCAUCAACCGCGCCGCAGCACCAGCUGGUCGACGUGCUGCAGAAGGACGCAGAGCUGCACCAGCAAAAGUUGCUGCGGCAACAGCAGCUGUCCGUGCAGCAGGCGGAGGAGCAGCAGGACACCGGGGACCAGGCGACCGGCGGCCAGCUGCAGCAGCACCAGCACGAGCUGCACACCGACCCGCAGCACCCGGCGCUGGACGAGCAGGUGAUGGCGAAGGCGGACCAGGAGGAGCAGACGCUGCACCAUCACCACCACCACCACCAGCAGCUGUCCCGCCUGCCGUCCCCGUUCUCGAACAACCUGCUGAAGACGAAAAACAUUCUCGAAUCGUUCAACGAUCUCUGCCGCAACGAGAGCAACUUGUCGCUGCUCUCCACCAAGAUCACCUCCAUACUGAACAACAACCUGAAGGACAUCGCGAAGGUGGCCGCCAUCGGCACGGCGACCGGCAGCAACGGGGGCAACGCGGAGGACAUACGGAAGAGCAUGAUCGAGCAGCAGGGUUUGGACGAGGGCCGCGGCGAUCGGCUGGAGGACAUGCAGCACCUCGUCCACCCGCUGCCGGACGACCAGUCGAAGGCGAACAGCCUGAACGUCAGCCAGCUGCACCGUCUGAACAUAUCAAGCCAGCUGGACGCCGGCACGGCGGCCGCCAUGCAGUACAAGACCGGCAGCGAUGACGACAUGAAGGGCGUCAACGAGGUGGACGGCAGCUUCGUCGACAUGGCGUCGCUGGCGAGCAACUUGAAGUACAAGGAGUACAUCAACGGGGGCGGGAACGCCGGGCUGGUAAUCAGCAAGGGCAGCAAGAAGUGGAUCAGCGAUGCGGACCAGCUCCCGGGCGGUGACGGGCAGCAGGGCGAACCGGGCGUGAUGCUGAGCGCGGUAACGGGGCGCGACUUCCUCACCAAGCUGAUCAUGAACGGGAACGUGAACACGCCGCCACCGAACGUGGCGGACGACGAGGAGGAGGACGACGACAACUCGACCAUCCUGGACGUGGUGGAUUCGAACAACCAGAACCAGCAGAGCUCCCACGCGCAGAUCCAGCAGUACACGUCGAACUUCACCGGCCUGAACCUGCCGGAUCUGCCGUCGUUCCAGAGCCACGCGUUCCAGGGUCACUUCAACCACCAGACGCUGCUGGGGUCGUUCUACAACAACACCGGCGCCAGUGCGGGGCGCAACACGAUCAACACGAUACCGACGUCCGCCAGCAUGCUGGUCGAGGCGGCACUCAACUCGGUCAGCAACAUCAUCACGGAGGCGGAGAUCAGCACGAACAGCAACCAGAACCAGGGCCUAAACAUCAACCACAUCGAUCCGGGCGGCGGGACGGACGCGGCCCCCGCCAACGUCCCGGCGAACGCGUUCAGCGCGAGCAGCAUCGACGAGUCGGUCGACGACAUGAAGCUGCUGAAGUCGCACCACUUCUCGAUGCAGCUCAACUCGAUAUCGCAGUACACCGCGCAGUCCGCGAACGACGCGAGCCUGCUGGCGAUGCGCGGUGCGGGCGGUGCGGCCGCCAGCCGGCCGAAGUCGCGCGAAAAGAUCGCCAUCUACGAGGAGAGCGAGAUGCUCAACUACGAGGGCCAGCACCUGAGCCAGCAGCUGCAGGGCACGCCGCACAAGCUAACCUCCAGCGUGGACUCGGUGCGCAGCGCGCUGUCGCCGGAGCCAACCGGCGACUUCGGCUACGCGGCCACCCCGAGCACCUCCAGCCGGCAGCACAUCGUCGGCGGUUCGCCGGUGCGGUCCAGCUCGCGGCAGAUCUACGCCGAGCACGAUCUGAUAUCGCCCGCGUCGACGCCGUCGUUGCCGCGGUACGACUUCGGGCCGACGGACAGCAACUACAGCGGGGCGCGGCGCCAGGACGCGAAAACGAUCAGCUCGCUCACGCUGGAGAGCUUCGAGUCGAACCUCAAGGACGCGCACCACAUGCAGCAGCUGUCCAGCGACGAGGACAACAGCAUCGUCAUCGCCGAGAACCUCUCGGUGAACGCGGUGCCGACGGACGAGAAGCUGAAGCUGUCGAGUGCGGCGGCGGCGGCGGGUGCGGCGAACAGUGGGUCGAGCGCGGGCAGCAGCGCGGCCGAGUUCAUCCAGCACCAGAAGUACGGCGAGGCGGGACGCACGAUCGGUGGGGCCAACCUGCCCGCGACCGCCGACAUGCGCAUCAAGUACGGCAAUGACGAGCUGGUGGACUUCCAGCGCAACAGCAUCGGCGACUCCUCCGACUUCCAGGGGUUGGAUAUGUCCUCGCGGUCGUCCGUAUCCGCAUAUCACCAUUCAAACUUCCAGCUGUCAACGCAGGCGAGCGGUAAUCUGCACUUCAACCGCUACCACCAUCACAUUUAUGACAUUCUCAGCGAGCGCGAGCAGCAACAGCAACAACCCCAGCAACAGCAGCAGCAACAACAGCAGCAGCAGCAACAAUCCCAGCAACAUCAUCAUCAGCAGCAGCAGCAGCAGCAACAACAACAACAACAACAGGGGCAACAACACCAUCAACAUCAACAUCAGCAUCAUCACCAUCAACAUCAGACGCAGCAGCAACAGCAGCAGCAACAACAACAGCAACAACAACAGCAACAACAGCAGCAACAACAACAAUCGCAACAACACACGCAACAGCAGCAGCAGCAGGAAUCGUUCCAGCUGGAGCAAACGCAGCUGCAGCAUCUCGUGCAGGAGCACGUGCAGAGCCAAGACUCGGAUGCGGACCAAUCGGUGACGGUGGACCUCAGCCGAAGCUCCAGCUACCUGGUGCAGUCGCCACCGACACCCGCCAUCUCGUACAGCAGCCACCACCAUCCGGACAUGAUACGGAUGGUGUCGCUCGAUCUCAGCUCCAACACCGGCACGCACCAUCCGGUGAACAACGGUUCGCACCACGCGGUCCGCCACGCGUCCUUCAUCUCCUCCCAGAUACAGCCCGCCGACCAUCACCGUUUGCUCGCCGGCGACCAGCUGGCCGCUGGCAACCAUCGGCUGCUGGUGAGCGACCCGGCCACCCACCUGAUCUUCGAGCAGAACAACCGGCUGCUGUCGGAUGCGACCGGUCAACCGGCGCCGCCGCCACCGCCACCGCCCCGCCAUGUCGUGUCGCCGACGCGCGGGUUCGGUGCGUACCAUCACCAUCACCACCAUCACCAUCACCACCAGGUCAGCUCGACCAACUACCACCAUUCGAUGAAGCAAAACAUUGCCUCGCCACCCAUCAACCAGCACAGCUCCUCGGCUGCCGCCUACCACCCAUUCCCCACCUACUACUAA